CCCCGGCAAGGCCUAAAAAAUGAGUUUGAAGCUUGCCCUUAUAGCUACCGGGCCCGGGUCGGGUUGACCUGUCCCAGUCCAUCCACCGCCGACAUCUAAUCUCCGGCGAAGUAGCGUUUCUGCUCUCAGCACUGCUGACGGUGUGUCCGGAAGAGUUCGAGUUUCCAUUCGAUUGAGACCGCGGAAUGAUGAGGAAUUGGCAGCAGAUGCCGAUUUUGCUGAUUGUGUAGAGCUGCAACCUGAGCUUAAAAGGUUGAAAUUAAGAAAAAACAACUGGGAUACGGAUACAUAUGAGUUUGAUGAGGUGUUCACUGAGUUUGCAUCACAAAAGCGUGUGUACGAGGUGGUUGCGAAACCUGUUGUGGAGCUGAAGCCGAGGACAGAAAAACCUAACAAUGAGCUCUUAGGCCUGCCUUGGAGUGUGGGCCCCCUCUAUCUGUGUCCAUCUGUUCAUGGGCAUGGGGUCUAAACCCAUAUACUCCAUUUGGUUAGAAGUUCAUCUAUUUUUCUGCUAUUUCAUACCAUUCAUUCCUUUUGUCAUAUUUCUAUACAGAUAAAUGUUUGCAGUUUUUAGUUAGACAUUUAUAGGUUGUCAGUUGAAAAUUAUUUUUAUGUGGUAAGCUCCUGCUAAAAUGAUCUAUCCCAUCUUCCUCUCUUUUUCUUAGAGUGUCUUGGAAGGUUACAAUGGGACAGUUAUGGCAUAUGGUCAGACUGGUACUGGGAAAACCUAUACUCUUGGAGAAUUGGGAGAUGAAGAUCACUCAACUCGUGGUAUUAUGGUUCGGUCAAUGAAGUCUCUGUAUCAUACUUGCAGCUUUAUAUGGAAACAAUUCAGGACCUCCUUAAUCCUGCAAACGAUAACAUUUCUAUAGUUGAAGACCAGAAAACUGGCGAUGUAUCCCUACCAGGGGCAACAGUUGUUGAUGUCCGAGGAAAGGGAAAUUUUAUGGAGCUACUACAGUUGGGGGAAGCUCAUAGAUAUGCUGCUAACACAAAGAUGAACACUGAAUCUUCUCGUAGUCAUGCUAUUCUCAUGGUGCACAUCAAGAGGUCUGUUUCUGUAAGGGAAACAGAUAUUUCUGCUGAUUUUGAUGAUCCUUCUCCCCUGGCUACUAAUUUUAAACCACCCAUGCUUAGAAAAGGAAAGCUCCUCCUCGUAGACCUUGCUGGUUCUGAACGUGUUCUUAAAUCUGGAAGUGAAGGGCAUAUGCUAGAAGAAGCCAAGUCUAUCAACCUUUCAUUAAGUGCAUUGGGGAAGUGCAUAAAUGCUUUGGCAGAAAAUAGUACUCAUGUUCCAGUCCGGGAUUCAAAACUAACACGGUUACUUAAGGACUCAUUUGGAGGCACGUCAAGAACGUCAUUAGUUGUGACCAUUGGUCCAUCGCCACGCCAUCGAGCAGAGACAGCAAGUACCAUUUUGUUUGGACAAAGGGCUAUGAAGGUGGAGAAUAUGUUGAAAAUCAAGGAGGAGUUUGAUUACAGAAGUUUGUGUAAAAGGCUUGAGCUACAAGUUGACAAACUCAUUGCUGAAAAUGAAAGACAGCAAAAUGCUUUUGAGGAUGAGGUAAAGAGAAUCAGGUUAGAAGCGCAAAAGCACGUCUCUAAGGCCGAGCAAAACUGUGCAGAUGAACUAAAGGAAGAGAAAAUUCGGUGCCAGAUGGAAUAUAUGGAUUCAAUCAAGAAACUUGAAGAAAAGAUGCUUAAUCAGCAGAGGCAUCCAGCCAAUGGUGUCACCGGUAAUGGAGAGAGUCACGGUGGGUUCACCAAUGAGGAUGUAUCUGAACUGAAGAAGUUGCUGCAGAAUGAAAUUCAAACAAGAAAGGCAGCAGAAGAGGAAAUCAGUAGCCUAACAAAUCAGAUUAUGAAGAUAAAAAAACAAGAAUUACCCGCUGGAAACUCAGAUACUAUAUAUCUCCAAAAGCUGCUGGAAGAAGAGGCUAGUGAAAAGAAGAGGUUGGAAGACGAAGUGAUCCUCUUAAGAAGUCAAUUGUCUCAAUUGAAUUUGGAAGCUAGUCAGACUAAAAGCUACGAUGAUAGAAGCAGAAAUGGCAAUUCGCUUUCUGGUCUGGAUUCUCUGUCUUCACUUAGACAUCUGCAGUAUAAAAAUGGCAAUAAUGGGGAGAGAGUGGCAAUAACCAAUCUCCAUGAACAAGUUGGGCUAAAUAAGAUUAUGUCAUUGCUGGAAUCAGAAGAUGCUAGUGUGCAGAUUCAUGCGGUGAAAGUGGUUGCCAACCUGGCAGCAGAAGAAGCGAAUCAGGAGAAAAUUGUUGAAGCUGGAGGUCUUACUUCACUGCUGAUGCUCCUUAGAAAAUCUGAGGAUGAGACAAUACGUAGAAUAGCUGCCGGUGCAAUUGCAAAUCUCGCAAUGAAUGAAGCAAAUCAGGAGCUUAUUAUGGCUCAUAGUGGGAUUAGUCUUUUGUCAAUGACAGCAGCUGAAGCUGAGGAUCCUCAGACUCUACGGAUGGUUGCUGGAGCCAUUGCUAAUCUAUGUGGCAAUGAUAAACUGCAGACGAGGUUAAGAACAGAAGGUGGUAUAAGGGCUUUGCUAGGAAUGGUGAGGUGCAGACAUCCUGAUGUUCUUUCCCAAGUUGCACGUGGAAUUGCCAAUUUUGCCAAGUGUGAGUCCAGAGCUUCUUCGCAGGGCAUAAAACUUGGACAGUCCCUUCUAAUAGAAGAUGGAGCACUACCAUGGAUCGUGCAAAACGCCAAUAAUGAAGCCUCACUUAUUAGACGACACGUGGAGCUUGCACUUUGCCACCUCGCACAACAUGAAGUAAAUGCUAAAGACAUGAUUAGUGGGGGAGCCCUCUGGGAGCUGUAUCGUAUCUCACGUGACUGCACACGUGAUGAUAUAAAGUUACUUGCACGCCAGACGCUGGCUUCAAGCCCAACUUUUUUAUCCGAAAUGCGGCGCUUGCAUAUAGAUGUAUAGACGGAUGAUGGUGGGUCCAAGUACCCAUUGGAGGAUUUCAACCAUAUUUGCCAAAUUUAACUAACCAGUUAUUAGGAGGGGGGUGGCUGUCUUUGCAAACACAGAUCAGCAUCUUGUUUGUUCAUAUCCAUUCAUUUUUUGUUGGUUGAAGUUAUACUACUUGUGACAUCUCGUGUGUUGUAACAUAUAUAUGAAUGAUUAGAGGUAAAUUUAAUGAAAUUUACUAGUUUAAUC